CACUUGUGUAAAGAUCAACCAGAGUCCAUGCGCCACGCCUUCGUAAGUGCGAUCCAUAUAAAAGCACUAGGUCGGAAACCUCUGCACUCAUUCCUCGAUCCACCUCAGCAAUGGCGGCUAAGAUUCUCGUAGUACUCGCUUUGGUAGCUGCGGCCCACUCCUCAGUGGUGCCUCUUGCCAAAGUCGACACCGACUACAGUAGCUUCGCUUACGACGUUGCCGAUCCCUACACCGGGGACUACAAGAGCCAAGUGGAGACCCGCGCUGGAGGCGUUGUACAGGGACAGUACUCACUGAUAGACUCCGAUGGCACCAAGCGCACCGUCGACUACGCGGCUGACGAUAUCAACGGGUUCAAUGCAGUAGUCCGUAAAGAUCCCUUGGUUGCCGCGGCCCCAGUCGUGGCCGCUGCCCCCGCUGUAGUAGCCCCUGCCCAUGGCGUCGUCGCCACCCGUGUUGCGGCCCCCGCUCGCGUGCUCUCCGCUCCCGUAGUCGCAGCGGCCCCAGCUGUUGUCGCCGCUCGUACCGUAGCUGCCCCCGCACCCAUCUUCUCGGCCCACGUGGUAGCCCCUACCAUCGCACGUACUAUCGCUGCCCCUAUCACUUACGCGGCAUCAGCUCCCAUAGUGUCUGCCCCCGUGGUCGCUCGCACUGUAGGCGCACCCGCAGUCAGCUACAGCUCCUCGAAUAAUUUUGUAUCAUCUCCUUCUGUCGUCGCCCGUACCGUCGUUGGACCUUCCCUGUACUCUGCGGCUGCGCCCAUCGUAGCUGCCCGUACUCUCGGACUCUCUGGUGUGUACGCUGCCUCUGCUCCCGUUGUGGCAGCGGGCCCCGCUGUCGUCGCUCGCACUGUUGCUGGCCCAGCUGUUUAUUCCACAGCCGGUCACGGUUUUGUUGCCGCUAGUCCCUAUUACGCCGCCUCCUCCCCCGUCUUGUCUUAUUCCGCUGCUCUUAAAAACUGGUCAUUCUACAAGAUUCAACUAACGACAAUGGCAGUCAAGUUUGUCGUGAUCCUCUCUGCGCUGGUCGCCACAGCCUACAGCUCCCUGGUGGUAGCUAGCCAGGACGCUUCCAGCUUCUCCUACGACGUAGCUGACCCCAAUACUGGAGAUUACAAAAGUCAGACGGAAGUGCGCAACGGGGAUGCAGUCAGAGGCCAAUACUCUCUCCUCGACGCCGACGGCACAUACAGAAUCGUGGACUACACAGCUGAUGACAUCAACGGCUUUAAUGCUGUUGUACGCAAAGACUUUUUUCAGUUUGUAGUCCUCGCCGCGCUGGUCGCCGUAGCCCACUGCUCAGUGUUGCCGCUGACAGUAAACACCGACGCGUCGAGCUUCUCGUACGACGUCGCGGACCCCAACACCGGCGACUACAAGAGCCAGUCCGAGUCUCGCGUCGGAGGUGCCGUGGUGGGACAGUACUCCCUCGUCGACCCUGACGGUACCAAGCGCACCGUGGACUACACCGCCGACGACGUCAACGGCUUCAACGCUGUUGUGCGCAAGGACCCCCUCGCCGUCGCCGCCCACACCGUCGUCGCCGCCGCCCCCGCUGUCGUCGAAUCGGCCCCCGCUGUCGUAGCUGCCCGCACUCUCCCCACAGUCUACAGCUCUGGUCUCCCAGCCUGGUCCGCCUACAACGCUGGUCUCCCAGCCUGGUCCACCUACAACGCUGGUCUCCCAGCUUGGUCCACCUACAACGCUGGUCUUCCAACCUGGUCGGCUUACAGCUCUGGACUGGCCUCGUCAGCCUACAAUGCCCCCUGGGCUUCCUCUUACCUCGUCGACCCUCUUUACCGCAAGUAA